GGUGCUGUCGCCCUGCUAAAAGUCAGAUCUGGUCGAGUCGCCAUUUCUUUCCCAGCAUCCAUUGCGACUGUAGCCCUUCAGGAUCGCAAAGGACGAAGAUACUUAAAAUAAUCCAGUGUUUUUUCCAUCUAAAAGAUCUGCUGCUGCUGAAAGAUGUCUGACCACAUCGAGGAGAAGAUCAAGAACUACAGGACGGCUCCAUUUGAUGCCCGUUUCCCCAACACCAACCAGACCCGUAACUGCUACCAGAACUACCUGGACUACCACAGAUGUAAUAAAGCUCUGUCGGCUAAAGACCAGGACACGGCCCCCUGCGAUUGGUACCAGAGGGUCUACAAGAGCCUCUGCCCUGUCGGCUGGGUUCAGAAAUGGGACGAUCAGCUGGCUGACGGGAACUUUCCCGGGAAGAUCUGAGCAUUCAGACUUUACCUCUUCUUUUCUCAACCUAACUACAUUAAUGUGAAACGGCCUCAUAUUUCUGUACAGAAACAUUUGAAUAAAUUAUUGAAUGAGACUGUGAA